AUGAAUCACAAAUUUAUUAAUUUAUUUUCGACAAUUUUUUAUUCAUAUUUAUUAUCAUUUGCUAUUAUUGCCAAUGCUCAUCAUUAUGAAACUUCAGAAAAUAAAAUUUCGGAAUGUUGUAAAGCUCGUGGUAGUCCUGGGUGGACAAAUAUAAUUCAUAAAGCAGUUUACUAUGAUUCAGCCCCACAACUUGAUAUUACUACUCCAGAACAUUGUUGUCAAGCAUGCGUUGAAAAUCCAGAUUGUUUACAAUGGACUUUUAAAACAAGUGUAAACUUAUGUAACUUAGACGUCGAAAGAAAUUUGCCACUCAAACUUUGUGAUCUACCUACAGAACAACCUACAACAAGCCAAGAAGCUGGAGUUAUCGGUUGCAGUGAUGGAUGUAGAAAUUAUCCUAGAAAAUCUGAAGCGGCAUUUAUUCAUUCAUCAUUCUUUAUUGCGAAGCCUUCAUACUCAAAUAUAGAAUUAAUUCAUGAGAUCACAUAUCGUUAUCGAUUUGCCGUUACCUGCCGCUGA